CACUUCCACCGAGCAACAUCGGAUAACGGUACAGUCCGCGAGGAUCAACCAAGGCCAAACCCGGUUAGUUGACAGUCAGAAGAGGACGGAUACGGAGAAAGCGUUUCUUUGGCUACUGCAGAUACCUACUACGACGAAGACGCUUUGAGGAUGUUUCUCGCGAAUCACAGUUGCUUUGAUAAAUCUUAACAAACGGACGAAGACAGAACGGAUGGAGGCGGUUAGAUUUUCAAUAAUUGAAAACGAAAUGAAGUGGGAGGACGAGUACCGUAUGUACUACCAGGAUGGGCAGGACGAAACACCGUACGACCGGUCGACAUGCGGAACCGAACGCUACCGGUUGAGCAUUUCGAGUGAAAGUGACGUUGCCGGAGUGGAAAUCUCUUCCCCGAAUCAACCAAACGAUCUGUGCUGUUCGGGUAGUCGCGAGGGUCAGGAAGAAAUCUGGGCCUUUUCGGAGAUUGAGAGUACACUUAAAGAGUUGCCGGAUGCGGAGAGGAUUGGUGAGUUGUUCAUCAGUGUGGUUCCGAUGGAGGACGCUCUGCUGGAUUAUAACUACAGUCUGGACAGUACCCUGUUGCUAGCUGUAUGGACUAGCAAACACGACAUGUUGAAACAGUUGCUCGGGCGAAACGAUGUUAACAUCAAUGCUACCGAUGGCUGGGGUCGCACCGGAAUGCAUCUUGCGUGCUACAUAGGUGAUUACAGAGCGGUCGAACUACUGCUUCAACAUGGUGCCAGAGCGCAGACUUGGGAUAGAGAACGCAAGGCUACACCGUUGCACUGUGCGGCCAGUUGCGGUAGCAUCGAUUGUAUUGCUCAGUUACUCGCGAAAGGCGUUGACAUAAACGUCGGCAUCGAGAAACAUUCCCCUCUGCACUACGCGGUUCAGCGGAACAGUCGGAAAUGCGUAGAAUUUCUGCUGCAGAACGGUGCCAAUUCGAACACUCCCCAGGUGUACACGCAAACUCCACUGCACGUAGCGGCUGCGAACGGGUUCGUGGAAUGUAUGGACCUACUGUUGCAGCAUGGUGCCGAUGCGCGGUCUCAGUACGGGCAGAAAAAGAUUACCGCGUUGCAUCUGGCCGCUUCCGAAAACUACCUUGAAUGCGUUAAACUACUCAUCACGGCCGGUGCAGACAUCGACGCCCGGAAUCGGGACCAACAGACGCCACUCCAUCUGGCGUGUCUUUCCCAGUGCCACGAAACGGUAACCUAUCUGAUCAGCCGGAACGCCGAUGUCCACGCCGUUUACCGUGACGGCCGGACGGCACUGCAUGCUUCGAUUGUGAAGGAAUCGCGCUUCUGGGAUUGUACCCUGAGUUUACUACGGGCCAAGGUAGACGUGAAUCGAGCAGACAAUUUUGGCUACACUCCACUGCACAUCGCCGCCCUGAACGAGUUCAGCAGCUGCGUGUUUAUGCUAAUCCAAUACGGGGCGGACAUUACGGCUCGAACUAAUGGAGGCGUUUCUGCCCUAUCGUUCAUCAUACGGCGUACGCCGGAAAUUAUCCCGAAGUUUAUCGACAAAUUGGAUACGGCAAUCAGUGUCAACAGCAUCCACGAAAUCGGUGACGUGGAUUGUGAGAUUCGGUUGGACUUUCGACCGCUGGUGCCGAACAAUGACCGCGGUGAGACCGAGCUUCUGCUGGCAUUCAUCGAGGUUGGUCAGAGACGUAUCCUGAAGCAUCCACUGUGCGAGACGUUUCUGUUGCUCAAAUGGCGACGAAUACGGAAAUUUUUCCUCUUCAGUCUGUUCUACCAUGGACUGUUUGUGCUACUGUUUACCACCUUCGUGUUGGGAGUCUACGUGAAGGACUGUCGUGUACAGACGUGCAAAGCAUCCGCGUACGUCCCUGUCGUAGGGUAUAUUGUCAUUUUCCUGAAUUUGCUUCUGAUGUCGAAGGAGAUUUUUCAAAUGAUGCAUGGAUUCGUCGGCUACGUGCGCUAUUGGGAGAAUUGGUUGCAGCUGAGCAUCGGAAUCGGAAUCUUCUUAUGCACGUUGGAUCCAACGGUGGAGAUCAGUUCAGUGCCAACCUGGCAGCAUCACAUCGCAGCCAUCGUUAUCUUUUUGGCCUGGUUGGAACUGAUGUUGUUGGUCGGUCGAUUUCCGGUAUUCGGGCUGUACGUGCAAAUGUUCCAAACCGUGGCAAUCAAUUUCUCCAAAUUUCUCAUGGCCUAUUGCUGUCUGCUGGUGGCGUUCGGUUUAAGCUUCUGUGUUCUUUUUCCGAACUAUAUUGCCUUCAAGAAAAUCCUCCGAGGAUUGUUGAAAACCUUCGUAAUGAUGGCCGGAGAACUGGAGUUCGAAGAUAUCUUCUACGGAGAGAAUCUGAAGAUCGAAUACCCGGGAACUGCUCACGGAAUGUUUCUGGCCUUCGUGCUACUGGUGACGGUCAUUCUCACGAACCUAUUGGUAGGUCUAGCCGUCAGUGAUAUUCAAGGGCUGCAGCAAUCGGCCGGUUUGGAUCGACUGUCCCGCCAGGCAGAAUUGAUUUCACGUCUCGAGGGAUUGAUGUUUUCCCGAAUACUUCGAAAGGCACCGAUCCGUUUGUGGGCAAUUUUUCAGAAGAUUGCCCUUUUGAAAACAUCCCGCCUCAAGCUACACUUCCGGGUAAAACCGAACGAUCCCAGAGAAAAGAGGAUUCCAAAAGAGUUGAUAACAUCGAUCUACAAACUGGUGGCCGAGCGCCGGGAGCGGAAUCAAUCGAUUAAACGAAAGCAAACUUUUCACAAUAUGCAAACAUUUCAGGAGUUUCUGGAUGGUGACGAAGGUACUGUAACGCUUCGGAGGCAGCGUUUUCGGAAAACAAGCAAAAACCGAACCAUGUCGGAUAAUCCCUACCUGCAACCCAAUCGAGUAGAUGAUGGCAUGGCACCGAGAUCUAUCCUAUCCGGUUGUGGGCAACUGAAAGCCCUCGAAGACGGACAGAAACAGAUCGGCAAGAAAUUAGAUGAACUCUUGAAGGAGGUAGAGAUGCUUAAGGCGAAAGUGAAAAAGUUAUGA